GAGGAGAUGGACGGAGACUCCAAGAUCCUCACUCAGCUGCAGUCCGUCCCUGUGGACGAUGAUCUGGGCCUUUAAAGUAGAGGGCUGCGAUGAUCUUCACAGCAGAGCAGGUCGUGUGCRUGUGCGAGGUCCUUCUGCAAGGUGGUUACAUGGAUCGACUCUGCAGCUUCCUCUCCACUCUCCCUCCUUCCUCCUCCUCUUCGUGCCUUUGGGAGCUGGAGAGUGUGUUGAAGGCUAAAGCUGCAGUGGCCUUUCACCAGGGGCGCUUCUCAGACCUCUACGCCCUACUGGAGGGCUUCCCCUUCUCCCCACGUAGCCACCCGUUCCUGCAGCAGCUCUGGCUGAGAGCCCACUACAUGGAGGCUGAGGGGCAGCGGGGUCGGCCCCUGGGAGCCGUGGGGAAGUAUCGUGUGAGGAGAAAGUUUCCUUUACCGCACACCAUCUGGGAUGGAGAGGAGACCAGUUACUGCUUUAAGGAGAAAUCUCGGAGUUUAUUGAGAGAGUGGUACCACCGGAAGCCUUAUCCGUCUACCCGGGAGAAGCGGGAACUCGCAGCCGCAACUGGCCUCACCUCCACCCAGGUCAGCAACUGGUUCAAGAACCGCCGACAGAGAGACCGAGCUAUGGACGUAACCAGAGGACCUUCAGGAGAAGCCUACCUCUCCUCUGACAACGAAGGCUCUCCACCUGGCAGCCCGCAUCCCCACCACCACCAGACACCUCCACCCCUCUGCCACCCACCUUUUCCUUUACACCACAUGUGUGGAGGCCAUUAGGUUGUCACUUCAUUGAUGACACACUGCUAUUUUUAUUAAAACAGAGUACCAAGACAUGACACCAAAACAAGACACACACACACAAAAAAAACAGUAAACAUGUUGCCAGUUUAAAUUUAUAAAGCCCUGCAGAUGAUCUACAUGUUGUAUUCACAUGUGACACAAUGACUUUUAAAACAAACCACUUAAUCUGUUUAAGGGAUUAUGCUGGUGAUUAUGUCCAUAUGUAAUGCAUCCUUUUCUUUACCUCCACCUCUAAAGAGAAAGAAAUAAAAUCAUUCACAGUAGACUUUAAACACUGUGUAAAAGCGUUUGUUAAACAUCGUGACGAUGUCCCUGGCACUGCAGCUGAUCACAAGUCUUCCUGUAAGAAAGUAAAGUGCAUCUUCAACAUGUUAACAGCGUGAACAAUUAUUAAGGCUAAGGUUUAUCUUCACGGAACCAACAGCAAA